AUUUUCUUUCACACCUGUUAGUUGAUUGUGUACGUCAUUGUCAUCAGAAAUGAUGAGAGAAGAAAGGAAGAAAAAGCAUCAAAAGUGAUCCAUCUCGACGGUGACUAAAAAAUUUAAACGUUCAUUGAUGGAGCGGAGAAUCAAGUUAAAGACAUUAAACAAACACAUUACGUGUGAAAUAUGCAGUGGAUACUUUAUCGAUGCUACGACUGUCACCGAGUGUCUUCAUACGUUCUGCAAAAGCUGUCUGGUUAAACAUUUAGAGGAAAAUAACACUUGUCCUACUUGCGAAAAUGUCAUCCAUCAGUCCCAUCCGUUGCAAUAUAUCAGUUUCGACCGGACAAUGCAGGAUAUAGUCUACAAGUUAGUACCGAACCUAAUGGAGAAUGAAAUGCUACGAGAACGAGAGUUCUACAAAUCGCGCAACUUACCGUGCCCGAAGGACAUGCCACAACUUCAGCAGGAUAAUGACGACCGAGCGAAUGAGCUGGCUCAUCAAGAGGCCGACUACCACCGUUUGGACGAGCAGGUUAAUUUGUGUUUGGAGUGCAUAAGCAGUAACUUCCGUCACCUGAAGCGACGUAUCAUUCGCUGUAGUUCGCAAGCAACCAUCACUCACCUCAAAAAGUUUAUUGCCAAAAAGGUGCUGAACGGCAUCGAGCGUUACAAGGACAUCGACAUGCUGUGCAAUGACGAGCUGUUGGGUAAAGAUCAUACAUUAAAGUUCGUUUACGUCACCAGGUGGCGUUUUAAGGAUCCUCCACUGCGGUUGCAAUAUCGCCCUCGGGUUGAUAUCUGAUUUGAUAUUCUAGAUUUUUAUUAGUUCUUUUGUGCUACUAUUAUAGCUUUGAAAAAAUAGGACCCGAUAUAAAGCAACGACCCGAAAAUGUAUUAGAGUGGAUUAUUUGAAACGUUGGAUGUAAAAUCGUUUAUUGCAAUGUUUUCAGUACUUGACUUCCGUUUUUAUGUGAGAAAAUGUAGUUUGCGAAUUAAUAAUUCAAUUAUACAGUAUGUAAUGAUUGAGGCAGAGAUAUUGAGAAGGUUAUACAACGAUAAACAGCUUCAUUUUUUUUUGAGAAGUUUUUUUUUCGCCGAUAAA